AUGUCUAAUAUAAAGGAUUUCGAUGAUGACGAAUAUGUUGCCAAAUUACUCGCCGAAGACGCACGAAAGAGUUCGAUCAAGUAUGCUUCUCAAGGAAUGUCGGCACUCCUGCCUGCGAAGUCGACUGCUUCAGGAUUGAAGCCCAACACACGGUUUCUGAAGACCCUGGUUCGCGAAGCAGAUAGUCAUAAUGCAGCACUGAAGAAGAGGGAAGAAGUUGAGGCCAGAGCGCGUCUUAGAGCAAUUAGAGAUGACCCAAGGUCCGAGGGGGACCGAACCCGAAAACACCACGACAAAGAUGAGCAUCAUGGGCACCAUCGGGAAAAGCCAAGGGAACCUGACAGAAAGAAAAGGCGUCUGAGCUACAGUGACGACGAGGACAAGAGAGCUAGACGCCCCAGAGCCCAUCGAUCACAAAAGACCCGUCGCAGUCGAAGUCCUGACGGAGAGCUCAGCAGGACCAGGGAAAGAAGAUACAGGACUAGAAGAGACGACGAGAGAAGUGAGCCUCAACGUAGGUCACGGCAGAGGAGACGUUCAGAUGACCAUAAGUCUCUACGACUGUCCAGGUCACGCUCGAGAUCUAUCGACAGGCUCCAUAACAGAAAAGACGAUACGCCCGAAUCAUCUCGUACCCACAGACAUCGCAGGCGAAGUUCUCAUUCCUCAACAACUUCAGAUCCUUUGAAGUCGAUAGUGGGACCGAGUCCUCGAGACCAAUCAACGACGACGAAGCGAGGACGCGGAUUUAUUCGAGGCGGUCAAUCUUCCAACAUUGACGCGCAUUUCGUUUCCAACUAUAAUCCAUCUCUCGAUGUCGGGGCGGAUCCAGAAUCAGACACCGAAGCGGCAGACUGGGACAAUGCUCUGGAAGCACUCCGCGACCGCAGAGCGUGGCGCGAAAAACAAGCUGAACGGCUUCGGGAAGCUGGCUUCGAUGAUGACGAGAUUGACCGGUGGGAGAAGAGUGCAUCCUCAAACCCCCGACUGGAUGCCGAUGGUGAUUUACGAGAUGUUACAUGGUCAAAGAAGGGUGAGCAGAGGGAAUGGGACGUUGGGAAGCCUGCGUUUGGCGAGACCGAUGACGCUGGUGAUGAUGUUGAUGACACAUUGCUCAAGGCAACGGAAAGAAGGGAACGCAGCCAGGGGAAGCGCAAGGGUGGAAAGGUCGUGGGCGAAGCUUGGUAUGGGAAGGAUAGUGGUCUGCUGAAACAAUUUCGCAGUGCACUUGGUUGA